AUGAAGCAAUAUGAGGUGGUUGACUUUCUACUUAACGAUCAAGUUACCAGCAAGGAGAAGGUUGAGUUGAAUUCCUUAAAGAAAAGAGGUUUAACUCCUCUUGAUAUGUUACUAAUGUUCCAAAGUGAAGCUGGUGAUCGGGAAACUGAAGAGAUUCUUGUCCAAGCGGGAGCUUUAAAAUCUGAAAACAUACAAUCUCCACCAUAUCAACAAGGACCAAACCAUCCUGACACAAGAAAUGAAAACUCACGUUCUCCAGCUCGAGCUAUUUUAGACUACUUUAAAUAUAAUAACCUUAACGAAUCUCCUAGCAUAGUAAGAAAUACCCUUCUUGUGGUUGUUAUUCUGAUCACAACUGCAACAUAUCAACCAUCACUUAGUCCUCCGGGAGGUGCUUGGCAGGAUGAUUCCAUUCCAUCCGCAGGCAAUAAUACAUUAUCAUCUACAACGAAUAUUACCACUUCUAUUAAACGACACACCGCAGGAACUGCUAUUAUGGGUACCGAAAAUCCAAUAGCAUACAGUAUAUUUCUGUUUGCCAAUUCCAUGGGGUUCUACAUGUCAGUUCACAUGAUUUACAUACUCACAGAUGCUUUCCCUUUGCAGUUGGAAUUGCAGAUUUCAUUGGUUGCACUCGGUACAACCUACGGUGCUUGCAUGAAUGCAAUUGCGCCAAAAAGUUAUAUAACCUUUGGUUUUAUUGGAAUUUCGAUUUCUAUGCCUUUGGGAUGCCAUUUGCGAUCAUGCUGUAUAGAAAUUAUUUGA